CAGGGUUGCUAUCAACAGGACGUGAGUAAAGCAAAUACCCACACAUGAGCAACAUCACCCGCGGAGAGGUAACACCACUGGAUUGGAUUUCCCCCGCAAAUUUGGAAGAGUCCACGUGUUUAUUGCGUGAUUUGUGCAUGGAAGGAAAUCCCUAAGUGUGUGUAUCGGUGUUUUGUCACAGGAAAAGCGGCGCCCAAAUCUGUCCUUCCUGAGGACGGGGGACCUUUUUAAAACAUUUUUAUAUCAACAACAAUGGACUGCGUUUCCACCAGGAACUUUCUCUUGGAGACACACAUAUGGGAUUGUAGCGCUUCAAACCCGGACGACAUUCGUGUGUUUUAGUUGUUAAACGGUGUGACUGUCGUUGAGGGGGGGGUCGGCGGUUGGAGCCCGUGAUGCCGGCGAGGAACAGGUACAACCUGGUGGAUGAUUUGGCGGACUCAAGGGUGCCGCUGCAUAACGAGGAGGCGUACCAGCAUGGGAUUUCUUUCCAAGCCAAGUAUGUGGGGAGUCUGGACGUGCCCAGGCCCAACAGUCGGAUGGAGAUCGUGGCGGCCAUGAGGAGAAUCAGGUAUGAAUUCAAGGCCAAGAACAUCAAGAAGAAGAAGGUCAGCAUUGUGGUGUCUGUGGACGGGGUGAAGGUGUUACUGAGGAAGAAACAGAAGAGGAAAGAAUGGACAUGGGAUGAGAGCAAGAUGCUGAUCAUGCAGGAUCCUAUAUACAGGAUUUUCUACGUGUCUCAUGACUCCCAGGACUUAAAGAUCUUCAGCUACAUCGCCAGAGAUGGAUCCAAUAACUCCUUCAGAUGUAACGUCUUCAAGUCAAAGAAGAAGACGCAGGCCAUGAGGAUAGUGCGUACAGUGGGUCAGGCCUUCGAGGUGUGUCAUAAGAUGAGUCUGCAGCACGCUGAGCAGGACGCAGACGGACAGGCGGACGGAGAGAGCGACAAGUCCUCCGAAGAGUCCAGCAGUCAAGGUCGUAAGCUGACGGGGGCAGAGCAGGGGGAGGAAGAGGAGGACAGCGAGCUGAAAGGAAGACGAGGAGGAGAAGAUUCUUCAGCCGGCGCCUCGAUGUGUGAGAAGGCCCUCAGUGAGAUCCUGCAGAGCCUGACCGAACUGAACGUGGUCAAACCUGGACAGACCAUCAUUGACUUUAAUCAGAGGUCCCUCUUCACUGUGACGUCCCAAGGAAUAACUCCCAGCAGUCCUUGCUCUCGGUCUCUGACUCCGCUGGCGUCGCAGCAUUACCUUCAGCUCCUUCAGCAGCAGCUGCAGCAACAGCAGCAGCACACACAGGUGGCCGUCGCACAGGUGCAGCUGUUGAAGGAUCAGAUGGCUGCAGAGUCGGCAGCCCGCCUGGAGGCUCAGGCCCGGGUCCACCAGCUGCUGCUGCAGAACCGGGACCUGCUGCAGCACCUGGCUCUGUUGGUGCAGCAGCUGAAGGAGCUGGAGGCCGGCGCCCCAACAACACCAGCAGGACCGGAGCUGCAGGCUAAUGGACUCGAUGGUCCUCAGUCCCCGUGCGGCUCAGUAACAUCAGCAAAGGCUCUGACUCUGAAUCUGAGGAAGAACUACAUCCAGACGCUGGACCAGCUCAUCACCUCCACACCUGCAUGGCCUCUCCAAGCCUUCCCCCUCUCCCCCUCCACUGUGGACAGUGCUGAGUCCUACCUGAACCUGCUCAACCUGGAGAACAGCAGCGAGCCUGCUGUGCUGGUGAACGGAGACGCUGACCUCUUCAUCAGGGCCAAAGGGAGCGCAGAGAACAAGGAGGGCUCGUGCAAUGAGAUCGUCCCAUUCACCCUGAGGAACUCUGCCAACAUAGAUGAAAAAUAUAAACAGACGAUCCCUAAACUGGACCCUCCGCCCUCCAUGAUCCGGAAGCGCUCCAGCAGGACCUUCUCUCCGGGCUCCGGGGAGGUCACGGCUAACGACGGGGCCCCUAGCAGCAGCAGCAGCCUCUCCUUCCCGGACAUCACCCCCAGCUCCCUGUGCUCCGCAGACUUCCACUCCCUCUGUAACGGCGAGAGCAGCUCCUGCUCAGCCAGCGAGGACUCGGGGGUCCGGUCCGAAACCAAGUCGCUGCUGUCUCCUUUACGCGACGACGACGACUUGUUCGGUGACCGCGGGACGUUUCUAACGGCCUCGAGCGGCUGCGACAGUCCCCUGGAGGACAGAAAGGAUCUCUUCUCCUCGUACCCUGCUGAUCCCACCUCACGCCCGGACACUAACGACCACCUUCCGCCCUUCUCCCCCCCCAUGAACGACACCUGCCUUCACAUCAGCUUCUCCGAGGACGAGCUGCUGGACAUCAGCCAGGAGGAGCCCAGCGUCCCUCAGAGGAGUUAGGAGGACCAAGAGUCCUCACUUAUCAAUCAACUCUUAAUGCAAUACUUCCUGUCAGACCCUCUUCUCUUUGCACUGGGCUCCACAUCAGGACCUUUCAUUAUUCCGUCCACUUUGACACAGUCCAAACAUAGCAUAUACCAGUUAACGAUGAAUAAUCUAUUGUAUAAAUUAUUAGCCAAUGGACAGAUUUAGUAUUUUUGUAAUGAAUUCUAAUCUUAUUUUAUUUAGUGACUAGAAUGUUAAGCAGAAUACAUGUAGCAAUUCUUGCACUGUUAAGGUCACAUGUACGUUAGAAAGUAAAAGGAACACAUUUUAUUUUUGCUAGUAGUCUACCUUAAAAUGUUAUUUUGUAUGAUGCUUCUGCUGUGGUGCAAACUAUUGUGGGAAAUAUUGUUUUCUGCAGAUUUCACAGAGUGAUCACAGGGAUGUUGGGAUAAGCCUCGCCUUCUGAAAAGCACCGGACCCGAGUAUGGAGGGAAAGAAAAGAAACAGAAAGUCAGGAUAAAAGAAAAAGAGAGGAUAGAAGUAAGCAGUGUUUUGAUUUAUGCACAUCAAUGUGUGGCUGUGUGGGUGUUUAGUUUUCAUUCACAGAGUUGAGAUGGUUUAGGAAGGUUUUGAGCUACUUGUAUUUUAAUUUGAUUUUGACUUACAUGCUUUAAAGCAGAAAAUAAAUGCCAUAUACGAAUAGAUUUUGUAUUUAAGAUGGUUGUAAUCCUUCUAAAGCAUUUCAUUUAUGAUAUUUUUGCAAACCCUCAAAAAUCAUGCAGGAAAGCUUUGUAUUGCACAUGUGUCAGUGUGGAGAGUGGGUUAUUAAAUGCACCCCCACACAAUGGAACGAUAAUUGGGCAAUCACAGAGGGCCUUGGAGAAAGACAGCUUGGCAGAUAGAUUUUCUCGCACCGCCUCAAUUUGAGAAAUCCUGAACCACCAGCAAAAUGUUUCAUUAAGAGGGAUCAAUUAAGCUGACAUUUUAUAUAUCCAUAUAGAGCUACAACUAUUAGUCAAUAAGUCUUUAAUCCGACAAAUUGGUCGGAUUAAAGUCCGAUUUUAGGCACAAAUUCCCCCAAAAAUACUAGUUUUAGCUUUUCCAAUGUAAAAAUUACUUUAAUUUUUGGCUCAUUUUUUCUUUUCUCUGAAUAUAUUUCAUGGAUUAAGUGUUAAAAAAAACACAAGAAAAUGAUUGGCAGAUAAUGAAAGUAAUCAUUUACUGCAUGUGUUUGAUCAAAUAAGCUAUUUUAUUUGAAUGUAGCCUACAUGCAAGAUUUUACUGUAAAGUUGUGUAGUCAAUUGAGCGCAGGUCU